AUGCUCGCGAGGCCAGGGAUCUUUGUGGGGCAGAAAUUGCCCCUACUGUGCCGGUCAACCGCAAUCCGGUUCAGCUCGACAACUCCACCAGCCCCCCAAAAGAUGCGUUCCGUCUUGUCUUCCAUCUAUACUAUACCGAAUAUGCUGACGAUUACAAGAAUUGCAGCGGCGCCCCUAAUUGGGCACUGUAUAAUGACCAACAAUCUUGUGCCAGCGUUGGGCCUCUUCUCUUAUUCGUGUCUGACAGACUUUCUCGAUGGGUAUAUGGCUAGGAAAUACAAUAUGAAAUCCGUUGCUGGUACCGUUUUAGACCCCAUGGCCGACAAAAUCCUCAUGCUCGUAACAACCGUGUCCCUGGCCUGCCCCGGAGGCCCGCAGGUCAUCCCGAUACCACUGGCCAGCCUUAUAAUAGGGAGGGACGUACUGCUGGCUCUUAGUGCUAUUUACUACAGGAUUUCCUCUUUGCGGCAUACUUAUGGGAAGGCUACUUGGAAGUCUUUUUGGGACGUUUUUAGAUACCCUAGUGCGGAAGUUAGACCCACCAAGGUAUCCAAAUGGAACACAUUUUUACAGAUGAUAUACCUUGGAUGGGCUGUUGCAACAAUGAUCUUCCAAACCCGCGACGAAGAUAAGGAGAAUGACUCAGAACAAACCAACAUAUACCAGAGAGCUUUUGAGUGGCUAGGAUAUGUGGUGGGCUGUACUACUGUUUUAAGCGGAGCAUCUUACGUGUUCAGUAAAAAUGCUGUAAAGUACUUAAAGAAGGUUAGAUGA